AUGAAGCCCCGGCACCUGGUGGCGGUGCCUAGGUUGGUAAAGCGACAAGACAAGCAAAUGCAGGAGGAUGAUGACAGUGAGACAAAAAGGAACCCUUAUUUCAGACACUUUUCUCAAGGGCUCAGCAACAGAACCCCAUAUUACUCCGAAGAAAUAUUCGAAUGAGAAUAUAACCCACCCAAAACAGAGAAAGAAUCACCCAAAGCAGAGAGCCCUGCAACCAAUCUAUCUGCUAAUUCCACCAGGCCUGCCAUUAACUCAACCACCCCAACGCCCUAAGCCAAGGAUGGGGAUCAGGGAGGGAAUGCCACCCACAUUGGCAUCAGUACAACAGGGAACGGGAUCAAUUCCCAGAAUCCCGAGAGCAACCCAACCACUGAGAGUUGUGGGAAACAGCUGACAAGCCAGCCAUCCCCUCAGGGUGUCUUUUUAGAUACAAGAAUGUUAACCAGUCACUGUGACUGGGAAAGACAGGCAGUUAACCCAUCCUAUCCUGAAAGAGAAGGUUUUCCCUCUCCAGAAGGUGAGGUGUGGAACCACCAGCAAAACGCCCCUGUCUUUGAAGCAGGCACAGUGGGGCAGUCCUAAGGCUCCGUGUAUCCAUCAGGUACCUCGUUGGGCCACAGGAGGAGCAUUUCCUACCCUGACCAUUAUUCCUAUGCUCAAAGGGGAGAUGCACUUUACUCUAGGGGCAGAUUUUGGGAUGACAGAAAAAACUCUUCUGGCAUCGGCCCAGGAGGGCAACUGGGAACCCCCUUGUAUCCGCCAGAUUCUCCUUCAAGUCAGAGGCAAGGAAGCCGCUAUUAUCAAAGCGAACCCUUCGAUCAGCUAGGGCAUGAGUCUUACCCUGGACAAAGAAAAUGGGGCCAUGAGCAGCCCUUGCCUGAGGACUGCCCAGCUGGCCAACAUGGAAACCCACAGUACAUGCCUCAUGAUCCAACAGAGCAGCAGGUCUAUUUCCAUUAUCCUACAGACAAUCGAUCCAACCUUGGGAGAGAUUUACCAUAUAAUGAAAUUAACCCCUGGGCUCCUGAAGAGAAUUUUCCAGCUUAUGACAUGUCCCUCCCUCCCAAAGUAACAGGAAAUAUGCCAUUUCAUUCUAGUGAUCCUUCCUCUGGCCAUUUGUGCAGUACAGGGAAUUGUCCAGCACCAAAAGAAAAUCCGUUGGCACCGCUAGACUUUCCCCCAAUCAGAUUCUCUUCUUGGGAAUAA